AUGGGAGACCUUUGGGAUACAGACUUACAGAACGCCAAAACAUUAAUAAGGUCCGCCAAUGAAUAUGUUAAUAUUUAUACAUCGCAAACUGAUAAGGCUGAAACUCUCAAAUGCCUAACAAUAAUAAGAGCUAAAGUAGCCUCUUUAAAAAGGACUAUAAAUAAUCUUGAAAUGAGUUUACUUGAUAUGGAUUCUAAUAACUUAAGUUCUACAAUAGUUCAUAAUAGAAGACGUGAUCUUGAUGAAGUUAUUUAUUCAUUCAGAUCAUUAGAACUUAUUCUUAAAAAUUCAAAUCCAGACCUUACACAUUUACAUCCAAAUGAUAAAACAGCUAGAUUGAAUGAAAAUGAUUUGAAUAAUUUAUCAAGUUCGGAAUUUUCAUAUUAUAGAGACACGAUGAUAAAAAUACAAGAUGAUGAAUUGGAUUUGUUAGAUAAUAGUGCCAGUUCUAUAAAGAAUAUAAGUACAAAUAUUAGAGAUGAAGUUAAUUUACAUACAAGAUUACUUGGUGAUGUUUCCGAAUCAAUGGAUUAUACAAAUACAUUUGUUAAUAGAAAUCGUGAAAGAUUUAAUCAUAUUAUCCUUAGAGGAAGUAAAAAACAACUUGAAAAUAUAUUUAAAGAAGAAGAAAUUAAAUAUUAUUUAACAAAAGUUAGGAAAUUUGCAAUUUCUGAAGAUGAUAAAUCUUUAAUUAAAUCACUUCAAAUUAAAAAGAAAAAUAAAAUUCCAAAAUUUCAAUCAUCAAAACAACAAUCGCAUGAUGUGGAGUUACCCAGUGAUGACUUACAAGAAGAGGAGUUGGAGGAAGAAGAGAAGUUAUCCAGUGAACAGUCAUUGAUAGAUGAGGAAUUACCCUAUGAACAGCCAUUGAAAGAUGAGUUAUCCACUGAAAAAUUAUCUGAAACUUCUAACACUUUAAAUAUUAACUUACUUGAUGACCAUCUGGAUGACCAUCUGGAUGACCACCUGCAUGACCAUCUGGAGGAUAAAUUCCGAUUAGAACCGGAAUAUAAAAAUGUAAUGGUUGAAAGAGAUAUUGAAGUGGAUUUGAAAAGACGUAAAUUACCAUGUUGUAUGAUGGAACAAGAAAUUAUUGAUACUAUUAAAAAUAAUGAUAUUAUUCUUAUUACUGGUGAUACUGGUACAGGAAAAUCUACUCAAAUACCACAAUUUUUAUAUGAGAAUGGAUUUUGUAUUGAUGAUUUAAUAAUUGGUAUAACACAAACAAGAAGAGUAGCUUGUAUAGCAAUAACUAAACAAAUAUCAUUAGAAUUAAAUUCUAAUCAAUUAAUUGGAUAUCAAAUAAGAUAUGAUAAAAAAUAUAAUGAAAAUUGUAAAAUUAAAUUUAUGACUGAUGGAAUAUUAAUUAAUGAAUUAAAAAAUGAUAUACUCUUACAUAAAUAUUCAGUAAUAAUAAUAGAUGAAGCACAUGAAAGAAGAAUAAAUUCUGAUAUAUUAAUAGGUUUAUUAACACAAAUUGUUAAAUUAAGACGUAAACAAUAUAAUAAUUAUCUUACUAAAUUUCCAUUAAAAAUGAUAAUAAUGAGUGCGACAAUUAGGAAAGAAGAUUUUUUGGAGAAUGAAUUAUUUAAAGGUAUAAAACAUGUUCAUAUAACAUCAGAUUCUUUAAAUUAUACUGUACAUUAUAAUAAAACUACACCUAAAAAUUAUUUAUUGGAAGCAAAGAAGAAAAUUUUACAAAUCCAUAAAAAAUUACCAAAAGGCUCAAUUUUAGUUUUUUUAACUGGAAAAUAUGAAUUAUACAAAUUAAAAAUGGAAUUAUCCCGAUCAAUAGAAUUGUCUCGUUCAAUAGAAUCUUCCUAUCCUAUGGAAUCUUCAGAUUCAGUAGAAUCUUCCUAUCCAGUGGAAUCUUCCUAUCCUAUGGAAUCUUCAGAUUCAGUAGAAUCUUCCUAUCCAGUGGAAUCUUCCUAUCCUAUGGAAUCUUCAGAUUCAGUAGAAUCUUCCUAUCCAGUGGAAUCUUCCUAUCCUAUGGAAUCUUCAGAUUCAGUAGAAUCUUCCUAUCCAGUGGAAUCUUCCUAUCCAGUAGAAUCUUCAGAUUCUGUAGAAUUAUCAAAUGAUACUAAUACAAAUACUAAUGAAACUAAUACAAAUGAAGAUAUAUUUGAAUUAAAUGAUGAAUUAACAGAUGUGUCAACAGAUGAUGAUAUGAGAGGUGAUUCAACAGAUGAUUAUAGGUUAACAGGAGAUUAUGAUCUGGGAGUUUCCUUGUCAAGAGAAUAUGAUCUAACAGAUUCCUUGUCAAGAGAACAUGAUUUGAGAGAAGAUAUGGAAGAAGAAAGAAUAGAAUAUGAAUUAAAAGUAUUGAGUGAAAAUUAUAAAAAAUCAAUAGAUUGUGAAUGGUUAGGAUCAGAUUCACAAGGCAAAUUAACAAUUAAAAUCUUACAUGCGUCACAAUCAAAUCAACAACAAAUGAAUUGUUUUAUGUUACCAAAUGAUAAUGAAAGAAUUGUUAUUUUAUCAACUAAUGUAGCAGAAACUUCAAUUACAUUACCAAAUAUUAGAUAUGUAAUUGAUUGUGGUAAAGAAAAGAGAAAGAUAUAUGAUAAUUUGAAAGGAUAUGAAAAGUUUCAGAUAGUAAAUAUAUCAAAAUCAUCAGCAGAUCAAAGAGCUGGUAGAUGUGGUAGAUUAGGACAUGGUCAUUGUUAUAGAUUAUAUACAAAUACAGUAUUUGAGAAUUUGUUCCCAGAAACUUCACCAAUUGAGAUUCUACAAACCAAUUUAACAUCAGUGAUAUUAUUAUUAAUUUCAUUUGGAAUUGAUCCAUACAAAUUUACUUUCCUAACAAGACCAUCGAAAAUCCUAAUAGACUCAGCAAUAAAUACAUUAUAUAAUUUAAAUAUAAUAAAAUAUAAUCGAGAUCCAUUUAAAGUUUCACCAAAUAAUUAUAAACUUGACUCUGAAAUUUGUAUUACUAAAUUAGGAAAAUGUAUUAACUUAUUACCAAUGGAUCCAAGAUAUUCUAAAAUGAUCUUUUGUAUCUUAUCCAAAUUAAAUCAUAUUAAAGAAAAUAAUAAAGCCAACUUUCUAUCAUUAUCAUUCAUUAUUAUAUCAACAUUAUCAUUUAAUAAUAGUUUAUUCAUAUAUACGGAUAGGAGUUACGGUGUUGAGGGUAGGGAGAGGAUCAACAGUAAUGAGUGGAGUAAGGGUAAAGAGAGUAUUAAGGAUAUUAAGGGUAUUAACAGUAGUAAGGGUAGUAAGACUAGUGAUGAAUGGAUAAAUAAGAAAUAUAAUAAUGAUAUAGAAUUAAUAAUGUAUAUAAUAUGUGAAUAUAGUAAAAAUGAAGAAAAAAAUGAAUUUUGUAGGAAAUUUUCAAUAAAUGAAAAAUUAUUACAUGAAAUUUUUUUACAAACAAAUCAAAUUUUUCAAAUUCUAUCAAAUCUUUUUAAUACUCCAAAUCCCUCAAUAGAAUCCACUACACUAAGUCAGGCAACUCAAGUCAGUACUACUAGUGGACCAACUCAUUCUACUAUACGGAGUCCCUCAACUCAAAUCAGUACUACUAGUCCUUCAAUACAGUCUAAUACUACUACUACUCCAAUAGAAUCCACUACUACUACUACUCCACCGACUACUACAACUACUCAACUAGAGGCACUUCGAAGUUUGAAUAAAUAUAAUAAAAUAAAUAAUAUAAUGUAUAAAUUGAAAAGAAAUGAAUUGAGAAUAUUAUUAGAAAGUAUAAUUGAAUGUUUAAUAGAUAAAGUAGCAAUAAAUAAUAAAUAUUUAUCGGGAAAUUAUGGAUACAAAUGUUCUCAAAUGGGUAAUGAAAUUAUUUAUUUAAAUAAUAAAUUUUCCAAACUUAAUUAUGAAUGUGUUGUAUAUAAUUAUUUAAUGUCCGUUACGGGGUCAGUAACGGGGUCUGGUGUAACGGAGUCUCUAACGGAGUCAGAAGUUAAGGAGACUGGUGUAACAGAAUCACAUAUGAAGGAGACUGUGACUGAACUUAAGGAUACUAAUAUGACAGAAUCACGUAUUAAGGAAUCACAUAUGAAUACUGUAAGAAUAAAAAUGUAUAAUAUAGUACAAGUGGAUUUGGAAUAUUUAGGAAGAAUAAAUUCAAAUUUAAUAAUAGGAAAAGAUAUAGAAAAGUAUCCAAGACCAUAUUAUAAAAAUGGUAUAGUAAUGGGAUAUGUAAAACAAUAUUAUGGACCAUUAGAUUAUCCAUUAACAAUAUUAAAAGUACAAUUAAAUAAACAUCCAUUAGUAUUUAGAGCAUUUGCUGAAGCAUUUUGUUUCGGUAAAAUAUAUCCAAAAUUACAACAAUUUGUACCAUUAUUAAAGUAUACUAAUGAAGAUUUUUUUAAACCUUUGAAAAAUGGAAUUUUGUAUAAUUUUAUUAAAUUAAUUGUUAAAAAAAAUAUUUAUAAUAAAAUAACAUUUGAAAAAGAAUAUACAAAAAAUAAACAAUUUCUAUUUAAUGAAUAUAUUAAAUUAUUACACGGAUAUAAUUUUAAUAAAUUAUUAACAAUAUAUCAAUCUCUUCAAUAA